GAUAUUUUGGUGCGAAGUUAUCAGUUGACCGUUCAGACAUUCGAAGUAGUGUAGUGUUUUGAAAAAGUAAAAUAUUAAAAAAAUAUGAGUGCCAUUUUUUAUUCGUUCUUACUGGUUAUUCAGUUAACAUUUAUUCAGACUUUAGAUCCAAGAGAGUACGGAAAAUGCGAUGUCCGGGACUCAGAAUGCCUUACCAAACAGGUCCAACUCCGGGUACCAGAAAUUACUUCGGAUCUAAUAGCGGAGAUUGCGUCGAGACGUCUUGACCCACUGAUCAUAGACGUUGCUGAGAUUGAUAUCGCUGGUGUAAAAAUCAAUUUUUACAAGGCUGUUCUACGUGGAAUCAAGAACAUCGUGAUUGAAAGCAUGGAUUUGGACUCUACAAGAAGACAAAUGCGAGUGGUAGCUCACACCGAUGCCAUCGUUAAAGGACGUUACACUGUCGAUGGAAACGUCCUCGGUUUUGUGAUUAAUGAAGAUGGUGAUGCAGAGAUUAACUCCAAAAACUUCCAAAUUGGUUACGUGAUGCCAUACGAAAUCGUCAAGGACUCCAACGGCAAGGCUGUCUUCGACCUUAAGAGUUUCACCUUCUCUUAUGAUAUUAAAGACAGCGUGCAGUACAAUUUCACCAACUUGUUCAGGGGAAACAAGGGAUUAAGUGACUCUAUGCAUCACUUCCUAAACAGGAACACUGGAUGGUCCAAGGUCCUAAUCACAACAUACGGAAAGCCUCUUCUAGACAUGAUUGCUGGAAAGAUGUUCAACGCUUUUAGGUCAUAUCUUUUAGAGCAUCCCAUCGAUGAGAUGGUCUAUUAGAUAAGUACAGGAUAAAUAUUCACAUUCACUUUUGCUCCAACUAUUCAACAUUUUCAUGUCAUAUUAACUGGAAAGGUCUUUAUUGAAUUUACCAUAUUGUUUGAACAUGUUAUGUUAAUUUCUAUUUAGUCGCAUUAUUAAAAGUGCCUCAACACGUUUUUAAAUCCAGCAGUCUGUUUGCAAAAUAUAUAAAAUUAUUUUUGAAAAGACAUCGUUUAUUAUCAAUAGCUAAUCUGUUAUUUAUCUAACUAUUUGGUUAAAUCAUAUUAACAGUGCAAAUUGUUCUGUAUGUGUACUAUAUUUUCAGUAAUAUGUUCUGUACUUUGUUGGAUAAUAUAAUUUCAAAGAAA